AAUUUUCUCAGAGUUUAGUCACGAUCGAUGAAGUGAAGAGAGUUGAUGUGAAGUUAAAGCAUUGAGAGAUGGAUUUGAAUUCUUGUAUCUCUUUUGCUCUAUCGAUUUUAUUAAUCUCUCUUAUCUACUUUAUUCAGAAGCGACCUAAGAAUUUUCCACCAGGUCCUCAGUGGUUUCCGUUCGUUGGGAACAGUAUUCAGUUCAGAAGAGCAAUUCAGAAACUCAAAGGAUCACACAAUGUUUACCAAAAGUGGUCGAAAGAGCUCAGUAAUCCUGAUGUUCUGGGUCUUCGCUUGGGAAGGCAACUGGUUGUCGUCGGAAUGUCGGAGAAAGCAGUGAAGGAGAUUCACAUGAGUUCUGUAUUUGAUGCUCGUCCAAGGAAUUUCUUCAUGAAACUGAGAACAUUCAACACUUUGGCAGGAAUAACAUUAGCCGAAGGAGAACUUUGGCGCGAACAUCGCUCGUUCGCUAUGAAACGCCUUAGAAGUGUUGGAUUUGGUGGAGAUCCUAUGCAAGAGAUGAUCGAAAAGGAGCUUCUUAGUUUCAAGGAAAAUCUAGACAAGAAGAUGGAAGAAGUGGGAUCAGUUUGGCCAGAAGAAUUUCUGCAGAAAGCUGUGAUGAAUGUUCUGUGGACUUUCGUCGCUGGUAGUGAAGAUAAGGAUAUUUUAUCCGAUAAAUUGUUUCAUCUUCUUCAUCUGCGAUCGAAAGCUUUUGAUUUUUCUGGUGGAUUAUUAUCAGACUUUCCCUGGCUGCGAUUUAUUGUUCCUGAAUACACAGGAUACAAUUUGAUGGUUCGUUUCAACGACGAAAUUCAAUCGUUUUUACAGAAAAUAAUCGAUGAUCAUCACAGGAACUACAGUGAAGAUAAGGCAAACGAUGAUCUCAUUUACGCCUUUAUUCACGAGAUGAAAAAGCAGAGAAGUGAAAAGCACAACUCAACUUUUACAGAUACUCAGCUAAUGAUCAUAAUCUUAGACCUAUUCCUUGCUGGCGCCAGUACAACAAGUCUCACUUGCAAUCUGUCCUUGAUGACAUUAGUUCUUUAUGAAGACAUUCAGGAACAAAUUUAUAAGGAAGUGAAGCAUACUCAGCACCGAGAUCAUCCUCUUACGGAAGCUUAUCUCUUAGAAAUCGCGAGAUUUUACAGUAUUGCUCCGAUCAGCGGCCCAAGACGUGCUCUCGAAGAUGCGGACUUGUGUGGAUUCACCAUUCCGAAGGACACCACAGUUCUCAUUGGCCUGCAAUCUGUGCACAUGGACGAGAAAUUGUGGGGCGAUCCUGAAGUCUUCAGACCUUCGCGAUUCCUCGACGAGUCCGGAAAGAAGCUCUGCAACACUGAAAAUGUUAUUCAAUUCGGUGAGGGAAGAAGACAAUGCUUGGGAAGUUCUCUGGCGAAAGCAUUUCUCUUCACCUUCUUCACGGGCGUCGUGCGUGAUUACAGACUUUCCCAGGCUAAGGGUGAGAAUUUGCCUUGUCAGGAACUAGAGUGUGGAAUUUUUAAGAGUAUUAAACCUUAUAGAGCUGCUUUUACUAGGAGAGUAAACUGAAAUUGUAUUUUAUACACAUUGCAAACCAGUCUUGUUUAACGCUCUUUCUUUUAAACUAGAAUUAAGGUGGAUAUGUGAAACAAGCUCUGUCUCAAUUAAAAAAUAGCAGAAUUAAUAAAUAAUAACUUUAC